UUCGUAUUUUUAAGACGUGAAUUCCAUAAUAGACAUGAAAAUGAGAAACAUGUCGUUAUUAUUAUCCGGUUUUUUAAACAGCUAAUCGUUUUACCCACUUUUAGGGGUUGUUGAGAACAGUUCGGAGGGCCAGGCCUAUCCUAGGUGGCUGUAUUAAUCUGUAGAAAUGAUGGAGGAAGUGAUUUUAUAUGAGAAUGCGAAAGAGGAGGUAGUGAGCUGCUACACAUCCAAUGAAGUAACUCCCCUCAAAAAGAGGAAAAGCAAGGAAGAUAGUGUGGCGAAGCCGAAAAAACCCAGGUCCGCCUAUCUGCUGUAUUAUUUUGAUGUUCAUCAGAGGAUGCAACCACAGAUACAUAAUCUGCCGCAGUCCGAGAUCAACAAGCGUAUCAGUGAGAGCUGGAAAAGGCUCAGUGUCGCAGAGAAAGGCUACUAUCUGGAGAAGGCCAAAUUGGAGAAGGAGGGCAUAGAAACAUUCUCACUCAGUCCCUCCCAGAACCUGCCAGGCUUCCGCAAGAUCCUCCCCAGGGGUAGUUAUGUUCUUUUGUCAAAAGAGUGCUCCUCAAAUAACCAUCCAGAAGCCCCACAACAAGAGGUGAGCAUGAACUGUGUUGAGCAUGCAGGAGAAGGAGGCCUUCCCUUCAUCUCCCUUCAGCAGCAAACCCAGUCCUCACCUUUAGUUUAUGCCACUGAGGUGGAGCUUGCUGAGCAGUCCAUUGCAGAUGAUGAUGUAGGAGAGAACAGUGGCAUUGUAUCGCAUCCUGCAACCCUCCAAAGGAUUCUACGCUCCUCCCACUUAGCAAAAGCUUCAACCUCCACAGUGGCCCUCACAGACGGCUAUUCCUCACAGUGCUCCACUGACCUUGGAGUUGAUGAGGCCUCACUGAGAAGAUCUGCUGACUGUGGUUUUGGUGUAGAUGAGGUGAUUGUAUCACAGAUACAGGAGGAUACAAAAGUGGUUGCCAUUAUCCCGUCCCAGAUCUCUCUUUUGGAGUCAAAGUCUUUCGCAGGUGUCAGCUGUGUUGGUCCAGUGGUAAUGGUGUCAGUUGGAGCAAGUGCACAACAGAAUGUCAAACCAUCCUACAAAAUGGAGUCUGGGAAGACUUACACCAGGAGAGGUCGAGGAAGGUGUCAGACUCUUGGUUGUUCAUUUGUGUAUGUCACACGUCACAAGCCACCAAUAUGCCCGGAGUGUGGGAACCACCUGGGGGGCAAAUGGAUACCUGUUGCAAAAAAGAAAUCCAAAGAUGUGACCAAGCAGUUGUCACAGGAAGUUGAAAUUGACAGUAAUAAAAGAUGCCAGCUCAUGUCGUCUCCUGCUAAGGAUGGGAAGUCUGCAGACUGCACAACAAAUACGAUGAAGAGCAAAAAAGACCAUCAAGCUCAACAGCCCUUCAGAAAGCACCUUGCAUCUUCAAUUGUUAGACCACCAGAGGGCAGCAUCAACAAGCCACAGGAACAAACAAAGCACAUGAAUGAAAUGGUUAAAGGUGCCACAUUACAAAGUCAAGGCAAAAAUAAUGGUGUUGUACAGAAGAGACAUGUGAGACCUGUCCUCCCUGCCUAUUUUAAUACAGGUCGGGCUUUGCUCCAGUUCUUAACUGUCCCACUUGAUAAAAGGAAGUUUCACAGUGUCAGCAACAACAAAUCAACCACAGUGGCUAGAAAUCUGUUGAGUAUCAAAUCCAGCACUUUGAAACAGCUCAGCCAGACUGACCCAUCAACCACAAAUAAACAGGAGUCGAUUCUUCCAGCCAGUGGAACUGAGCCUGUUUCCUCAGGGACUGAUGAGAGAGGAAAUAACCUGUCAGCCGAGCCUUUCAAACAGAACACCAUUUCCAAAUUUGACUUGGGUCUGUCUACAGCACGAGGCAAAGGCCGGUGCAAGACUCCAAAAUGUGACUAUGUGUACAAGAACAGACACAAACCUGCAGUAUGUCCCAAAUGUGACUGUGAACUGACCCGAAAGACCGUCAAGGGAACAAAGUCCACGGUUCUGUUGGAUCCAUAUCGGGCACUCAGUGUUGCCCAGAGGGACCUCCAGCGCCAAACAACCGUGCAACUCCUGCGCCAUUGUCUGCAAAUUCCUGAAAAUGAAGCUGACCUCCAAGACAUCCUGAACCUCAUUAAGGACCUCAACAGCCUCCCGAUUGUCUUGCUUCAGCCAGAUGACCAGGAGCAAGAGGGUGGCACUGUCGAGUCUGGCUGGCCUCAAUUCUAUGAAUCAACAGCUACUCACUGUGGUCUCUGUCGUUAUCCUCUAUUUAAGGGAGAUCAAAGUACUGUUGCUGGACAGGAGGACUGCUGGUUGCUUACUGAAUCACUGAUCCAGACGGCAUCUCUUCAGCUGAAAGUGUGUCUCAAUCCUCAGUGUUUGGCCCUCCACAGCUUCACUGACCUCCAUACAGGUUUGUUUAAUAUUGGGAACAAACUGCUGGUGAGUAUUGACUUGUUUCUGAGAAUCAGAGCCAACAUCAAACUGGGGUUCCCUCCAUCUCAGGCUGUCAGGACCUUGCUGGACUAUGUUCCCUCUCACCCUGUCCAUGAGCUGAGUCCUGAGGAAUCAUCUCAACUUCAGGAGCUUCUGCUGAGUGGCUACUGGGCCUUUGAGUGUCUGACUGUCCGAGACUACAAUGAUAUGAUCUGUGGAAUUUGUGGCGUUGCUCCCAAACUGGAGAUUGCUCAGCGUGAUGCAAACAAUGUGCUGCAGCUCAACAAUGUGGAGUUUACAUCCCCUGAGUUUUCAGUCUCAGAUGAGGUGCACGUGGAUGACUUCUGGUUGACAAUGGAGAGUGAGGCUUUAGAACAGGCAGCGUUCCCCACAGACAUUUCGAUCACACGUGUUGAUGCCUCUAUCAUUGCUCCCUUCAUUCCGCCGCUGAUGAGGAGUCACGUCGUCAUUAACACAGAGAAGGACAAGGUGCUGUUGACCACAGAGCAGCCAUCAGGUGAUCCGUCAGUCUUGGUGCGUCUCAUCCAUGAUGGCCAGCUGAGGCUUGAUAAGGUUGAAGAGCACAGUGUGGAGGAGCUGAGGACCAUGGUGGAGACCUGUGGUUUGAGCGUCAUCUCAGACUCUACUAAGAAUGAUUUGCUGGAGUCUUUGAUCUUUUUAUACAAUCUUGUCCGUGUUGGACUCACUACAGCUUCCCCACCAUCUCCACAUCUCACUGCAGGCAAGCUGUCCAAGAUUUGCCCUCAUAAGGUGGUUUGUGGCUCGAAGUAUUUGGUGAAGAGAGAGACUGCUCGAGACCACGUUGACCUGCUGCUCUCCUCCCGCUACUGGCCUCCCGUCUACAUUAGUGACUGCGCUCGGAAAGUCGCGCUUUGUGCUGACAUUCAGUACCCAGAACUGGCGAGCCAGAUGUGGGGCAGAAACCAAGGCUGUUUCUCUAACCCCUUUGAAAAUCCAGAGUUUGUGUCAUGUGCUGAGCUUCAAGACCAGCCGAAUAGCGCUGACAUGUCCUUAAUGGAGGAGAACCAGCAGGUUCACCCCAUCACCAAAUCUUCUUCUUGUUGGAUGGUGCACCCUCCUGGAGUAACACCAGCCCAAGAGCACCACUCUAUGGUUCUCUGCAGCGAGCUGGAGCCUUAUGUCAGCCUGGUGGCUGAACUGGACAAAGAGGGCGAGGCAAGAGUACAACAUGGCGAGCAGUGUGAAGGAGGUGACCGUGACUCCACGGAGAAAUUGGAGGUUUUCUCUUCUGCGAGGCACAAACUGCAGCAGCCGAUGGUUUUCAACAACACAGCUUAUUAUUACCUUUACAAUCGUCUGAUAGAUUUUCUUUGCAGCAGAGACAUUGUGAGCCACCAGAUCAAUGAAGUGCUGAAGGCAUGUCAGCCUGGAGAGGUGGUGAUCAGGGAUGCUCUGUACCGGCUGGGAGUGGCACAGAUCAAAACGGAGAAAGAGGAGGAUUAAAGAAAUGGCAGGGAGGGACAUGUGCAAGAAGGAUGUGCCAAAACUGUUUGAGUCAGCGCUACCUGAAUAAAAAGCUGAGGAUUGACGAGUUGCUGGAGCAACAGGAAGGCAGAAGGAAGAACUGAAUGUAAAGAUGGUUUCACACAGAGGUGUGUUCAGAUAAUAAGAGAGACAGGUGCUCCAAGAAGACUGAAAAAUACAGUAAAAAGAAAUCAUCUGGAGCAGAAUAACAUUUCAGUCAUAGAGAGCCGUGUAACACUACAUUCAAAGAAUUUGAAAUAUGAGAUAGAAAUGGAGGUUGGUUGAACAGGAAGGUGGACAGUGGCAAAGUAACUCGAAGAUUGCUGGUACUUUUGAUAGUCUGCUUUUACAGGCAGAUAGACAUAAGAUUUAUUGUUGUCCAACAAAAUAUGGAUAAACGUUGUGGUGAAGAAAGAAAAUUGGAAGUCGUGUGAAUCCUUCAGAUAGCUGUGAUAAAAGGAGCUGAACCAGGAUUUUACCAGGUGAACUACGUUUCAACGCUAACCCGUGGGCACAGA